AUGAAGGAAGAAGAAGCCCUACAGAAGCAAAAAGAUAGAGAGUUUAGUAAGAGGGCUAAGUCUGCUGGUAAUUUCAGUCAUGGGGGAUCUCAAGGUGAUGGCAACCGUCAGUUUUUUAAGAAUAGGUCAUCAAGACCUACUCCCUCAACAGCUAGUGCUCCAUUUCAAAGGUCCAAGUUUAACCAGAAAGACCGGAACUUCGGAACGACAGGCUCACAUUCACAUGCCAGCGUGAUCAACCGAGGUUUUCAACACCCUACAUGCAACACUUGUGGUAAGAAACAUUCAGAAGUAUGUUGUUUGGGCAUGGAUAGUUGUUUUGGGUGUGGUCAGCCGGGUCAUUUUCUGCGGGAUUUUUCGUCCGCAAGACGGAAUACCGGAGGUAACAAUAAUGUAGCUCAGUCUACAAAUUCAGCAGCUCCCCGAAAUUUCCAAGCCCAGCAGGGGCACGGAGCAGCAAAGCCCGGUAAUACGGGCGGUGAUCAGAAUUGUCUGUAUGCACUGUCAAGUCGCCAGUAUACAGAGGCUCGUAGAGAUGUUGUCACAGUUCGAGUCAGGGAUGCAGAUGCCCACACUCCAGCUCUUCAUUCAGUACCAGUUGUCAGUGAAUUUCCAGAACAGUUGAACAAGGUCACCAUUAAAAAUAAGUACCCUCUUCCCAGAAUAGACGACCUAUUUGAUCAACUUCAGGGUACUCAGUGUUAUUCCAAGAUUGACCUCAGAUCAGGCUACCAUCAGUUAAAGGUUAAGGAAGUUGACAUUUCGAAGACCGCUUUCAGAACCCGUUAUGGUCAUUUUGAAUGUCUUGUCAUCUCGUUUGGGUUGACGAAUGCACCAGCAGCUUUCAUGGAUCUUAUGAACAGAGUAUUCAAGCCUUAUCUUGAUUUAUUCGUCAUUGUGUUUAUUGAUGACAUAUUGGUGUAUUCCCGUAGUGAGACAGAUCAUGUAGACCAUCUCAGAAUAGUGUUGCAGACUCUCAAGGAUCGUGAGCUUUAUGCAAAAUUCUCAAAGUGCGAGUUUUGGCUCAAGUCAGUGGCAUUUCUAGGCCAUGUAAUUUCAGGUGAAGGUGUUAAGGUGGACCUUCAGAAAAUUGAUGCUGUCAAGAACUGGCCCAGACCCACCUCAGCAUCAGACAUCAGAAGUUUCUUGGGUCUGGCAGGUUAUUAUAGGCGUUUUGUUGAGGGAUUUUCCUCUAUCUCAGCUCCGCUAACUAAGCUGACUCAGAAGAAAGUCAAAUUCCAAUGGUCAGAGGUAUGUGAGCAGAGUUUCGAAGAGUUGAAGAAGAGAUUGACUUCUGCUCCAGUUUUGACGCUGCCAGAGGGAACUGAAGGGUUCGUGAAUUAUUCGAAUGCUGUAGCUGAUGCUCUUAGUCGGCGUUCCAUGGGAAGUUUAGCCCACUUGGACGUAGGUAAGAGAGUUUUGAUAAAGGAAGGUAAUUGGGAUGAUCACUUGCAUCUUAUUGAGUUUUCCUAUAAUAAUAGUUAUCAUGCUAGCAUUGGGAUGGCACCGUUUGAAGCUCUCUAUGGGCGAAGGUAUAGAUCACCAAUUGGUUGGUUCGAAGUAGGUGAACCAGAGUUGUUAGGACCAGACUUGGUUUAUCAAGCUAUGGAGAAAGUCAAGUUAAUACAGGAACGUUUGAAAACUUUAAGGAUGACCUCACCUAUGUGGAGAUCCCCGUAG